AUGUUUAGCAAGUUUGAAUUUGAUGGGAAACUGAAUCCUACUUUUGUGGAAGGGGCAUUUAAGCUCCCGUUAUCAAGCAUACGAGCAUAUCUAAAAGAGCCUAUUUCUCCCAGGUUCAUACACGUAGGUUCUGCAGGAAUUACCCGACCUGACAGGGCUGGACUUGAUCUAAGCAAACAACCUCCUGCUGUUCGCUUGAACAAGGAAUUGGAUUUUAUCCUGACAUUCAAGUUGAAGCAAGGGGAGGAUUUAAUACGGGAAAGUGGAAUACCAUAUACAAUUGUGAGGACUUGUGCAUUAACUGAGGAGCCUGCCGGAGCAAAUCUCAUUUUUGACCAAGGAGACAAUAUAACGGUUAAAAGUGUUGUGCCAUUUAGUGAGCCAUUUACAGUGGACCCUCAAAAUCCACCCCCUGAGAAGGACUACAAUGUUUACUUUAAAACUUUGAAAGAUGGAAUUACAGGAAAGGAAAUCCUCGAACAUGAUCCUGUACCAGUGUAA